AUUGGUUGUGGGUUUAAAUCUCCUUGUUGUGAUUGGUCAGAAGUGUCGCUUUGCUAUUGGUGGAUUUCAGAACCAGAAAAUUUAAAAGUUGUUCCUGAGAAGCAGCAGCUGCUCCACCGACAGACGAAGACAACUGAUAAAGGUCAGAUUAAAGACAUGUCGGCAGCGGAGGACGGAGCCCAGCUGCAGUGCUGUGUGACGGUGGAGCAGCUCGGCAGCUCCGCUCCGGCCGCCCGGAGGAGAGUCCUGCGGAAAGCCUCGGUGGUUCUGGGCCGUAACGAGUUCCAGGAGCUGGUCCUCCGGGUGCAGGRCGGGCAGGUGGCGCACAGUUACCCCCUGAAGGACUUCACGCUCUUCACCAAGUUCUGCGGCGACGGGAAGUGUUCGGUGAAGCUGCAGAACACCCAGGUGUUYCUGUCCGACUGUCCGCCCGACCGCCUCCGGCUCUUCCUGCACACCCUGAGCAUCAAGCACCAGGCCGGGCGGAGCGACAGGCCUCUGAGCCACCGGGAGAAGCUCCGAGCCGGCCUGCCCCGCAGCUUCCACACCGUCAGCCCCCUGCAGCACAGGGACCUCCAGAAGGUGGCCGAGCUGCGGAGCCUCACGGAGCGGAGCAACAAGCUGCCUGCGGCGGGCUCAGGCCGCCAGGUGAAACGGUCCAGGAGCGAGUUCAGCCCGGUGAAAGCCAACCCCAGUAAGAAACCCAUCUUAUCUCUGCCAGCACGCAAACUGACCAAGGAGCAGGCUGCUGUUCUCACUGCAGUGCUGAGCGGCAAGAACGUCUUCUUCACRGGGAGUGCAGGAACAGGAAAGUCCUUCCUGCUCAAGAGGAUUCUGGGAUCUCUACCACCUAAAAGCACUUUUGCCACAGCGAGCACAGGAGUGGCUGCGUGUCACAUCGGUGGAACAACGCUGCACAGCUUUGCAGGUAUCGGUUCCGGCUCAGCUCCUCUGGAGCAGUGUAUCGAGCUGGCCCAGCGGCCCGGUGUGCUGCAGCACUGGACCUCCUGUCGACACCUCAUCAUCGAUGAGAUCUCCAUGGUGGAGGCUCAGUUCUUUGACAAGCUGGAGUCUGUUGCCAGGUCGGUGAGGAGGUCUGUGCAGCCGUUCGGAGGCAUUCAGCUCAUCGUCUGUGGAGACUUCCUUCARCUGCCUCCAGUUUCUAAAGGCAAAGAAAAAGUGUCCUUCUGCUUCCAG